CGCAGGAAACGUACUAAGUAAAUAAACUAAGCAAAUCAAAAUAGAAAGUGAUGUUGUUUACUCUUUGGACAUGGUUAUAAAAUUCUUAAUAUGAUGCUAAAUUACUGUCUCUUGUCAAGAAGUCAAUUUUAAUGAACUGAAAACUGAUUUUUUUUAUGAAUUAAAAAAAAAACAAAAUUAUGUUAUUUUCAAUGUAAUUUUUUUUACAAAUUGUUUAUUCUUAACUGUGAAAUCGAAGAAUUGCUUAUAAAAUAUCAGCUUCAGUGAAAGUUAAUUGUAUUGAAUUUAUGUAAAUUCCUUUGGUUAGCACUUUAAUAUUUUGUUAACAUUUUGUUCUGAUAGAUAUAGAAUUUAUUUCAAAGACUUAAACUUUGAAAACACCGUUUGAAUUUGAACGCAAAGCUUUUUGUUAACGUAUAAAAAAGAAAGUGAUCAAUUUUUUUUCGAUCAUAUUGAGUUUUACAAAUUGUUCUUACCUUUAUUUUUCGGGAUCUAGAUUUCAAAAUUCAAUCAAGAAUGGCAUUACGUCUACUAGUUGCACUGUGAAAUGUGACUGAACUAUUUGGUGUAAAGGAAAUUUGGUUUAUGACAAGGUUUUGGAAACUAUGUGAAAAACUCCAUAAUUAUAAAAAAUUGUAGUGUUUCUCUUACUCUUUUAAUCAACAAGGGCUAAGAUUCUAAAAGUAUCCUUGCUAUAGAGAAAACCAAUUUUCCCAACACAUUAUUCAAUGGAGCUAUUUUGUAAGGUAACAACACCCUGUUAAAGGCUUAAUCUUUCCCAAAAUCAUUGAAAAGGAUGAAGAUACCAUUUAUUGCCAUUAGUAUAUCUAUGUUUAUUUGCAUGACAAUUUUUGGCGUCAUUGGUUAUGCUUAUGUCUUAUGGAGUCAAUACUGGAGAACUGCUUUAGAAAAGAAACAAAUGAUUUUGCACAGUGCUCGUUAUAUUCAGCAAACUGCUUUGCAUCAAACACAUGGUUCUAAAAUAGAAUUUUCGCAGUUGAGAGGGAAUGCUUCUAAUGAGGCUAUGAUGGAUAUAUUAAGCAGUAAAAUCCAUACUUAUAAAAAUCAGCUGUUAGUUCAAUUACGUAAAGCUCAAUUAGCUGCUGGAAAUGUAUUAUUUCAUAAAGACAAGCAUGAACAUAAUUUCUAUAAAGUAAAAUUUAAAAGGAAAAAUGGAAGAUAUUCUAAAAAAAGUCAACACGAAUUAAUUUGUGAUUUAAAAGAAAAAGUGACCAUGAGAAUGUUGGAUAAAAAUAUUGAACCAUUCAAAAAGUUAGGUUAUGAUAAAUAUUUUCCUUUGAAAUCACUUUAUGAAACUUUUCAAAAGCAUAAUACUUGUGCCAUUGUAUCAAGUGCUGGAUCAAUGUACAAAUCGAAGUUAGGAAAAGAAAUAGAUUCGCAUGAUAUUGUUUUACGUUUUAAUAGUGCUCCAACCGAAGGCUUUGAAGAAGAUGUUGGAUCAAAAACAACUAUAAGAUUUUUAAAUUCUCAAGUUGUUUCAAAACCAGAGUUUGAUUUUUUGAAUUCUCCUCUGUAUCAAAAUAUAACUUUGAUUGUGUGGGAUCCUUCAAAAUAUCAUGGCUCUCUUGAAGAGUGGUACAAAAAGCCAGAUUUUGAUCUAUUUUCUUCAUAUUGGCUGCAUAGGCAGAUUUAUCCAGAUCAACAGUUUUAUAUAUUGCAUCCUGAUGCCUUAUGGGCUGCUUGGGACUUCAUCCAGUCAAAUACUGCUGUUCACAUUGAGCCAAACCCACCAUCUUCAGGUUUUUUAGGUCUAACUCUCCUUUUAAACAUGUGUAACAUUGUUGAUGUUUAUGAAUAUGUUCCUUCCAUGCGAUUUACAAAACGUUGUCACUAUUUUGAUGUUCAUGAUGACAUUGGCUGUACUUUAGGAGAUUGGCAUCCUCUCUCAUCUGAAAAACUAAUUACUUUGUCUUUAAAUGAAGGAUCUGAUCGGGACAUAUUUGUGACUGGAAAAAUUGUUCUAGCUGGAUAUAGAUUGCAAAACUGUUAAGAUAUCGAGAAUUCUUCCAAGUUGAUUGAUUAUUUCUAAGCAUUUCCUUUUGUGUACUUAAUUUACAAGAUAACAGUGUGGAUAACUUUGGUAAAAGUUAUUCAGACUGAUUAUAUGUGCCACAAAGUCUGAAAUCAACCUGUGUGUGUGUAUCCAGUAUGCCAAAAAAAGAAAAAGACCUGUUAAAAUGAAUUGAUGUACUUCUAAACAUUUAAUUUAUUUCUUGUUUAAAAUUAUGAUUUUAAUAAAAUCUUAUGAAACUUAAAAACA